AUGACCACUCCUUUCACAGAAACUGGCGUCAAGGCCAACGACUUUACCGAGUUCGACUAUGUGAUUGUUGGAGGCGGCACAGCGGGUCUCGCCGUUGCCGCUCGACUCUCGGAAGAUGCUUCGGUCUCUGUCGGUGUCAUCGAAGCGGGUCUCUGGCGUCCCGAAGAUCCAAAGAUCAACUACCCUGCCUUUAUCGGUCAAACCCUCAUGAACCCGGACUACGAUUGGUGCCUCGAGACUGAGCCGCAGCAGCACUCGAAUGGACGCAAGUACAUCUGGCCGCGUGGCAAAGUGCUCGGUGGUAGCAGUGCACUCAACUUCCUCGUCUGGCAACGCGGCUACAAGGCCGAGUACGACGAUAUCGGCAAGCUUGGCAACGAGGGCUGGUCGUGGGACGACUACGCCUCUUUCUCUCGGAAGAGUGCUACGCUCGACAAGCCCUCUACCGAGCUGCAAAAAGCUAAUCUCGCCACGUGCGACGACGAGCUGCACGGCAAGGAUGGUCCUGUGCAGACAUCUUACAGCAAAUGGUAUACCGAGGCACAGAAACCGUGGUUCGAUGCACUCAAGAGCCUCGGCGUUCUCAACGUCUCGGACGGACUUGGUGGUAGCAACAGCGGAUUCUGGGUCUCGCCUGCGACGGUCGACUCCAAGAAGAGCGUGCGCUCCUAUUCGGCCAACGCCUACUAUGCUCCCAACGCCAGCCGCAGCAAUCUCAAAGUGAUUACCGGUGCACACGCUUCCAAGAUUGUCUUUGCCGACCAAAAGUCAGCCAGCGGUGACCUUGUGGCUUCGGCAGUCGAGUUUGUCGUCGACGGUGAGACCUAUACGGUCAAGGCUCGUAAGGAGGUGGUUGUUAGCGGAGGCACUGUGAACAGCCCUCACCUGCUCGAGCUAUCGGGUAUCGGCAAGGCAGAAGUGCUCAAGGCUGCCGGCGUUGAGCAGCGCAUCGAGCUCGACGUAGGUGAAAACGUGCAGGACCACAUCUACUGCACCAGCUCGUUCAAGCUCAAGCCUGGCUACAUCACAUGGGACAAGAUGCGACAAGACGACUUUGCCAAAGCUGCCAUGGAGCAAUACCACGCUGAGGGUGAGGAUCGCGGAAUCAUUGCCUCUGCCUUUUCCGGUUUCGCGUUUGUGCCUCUCAAGCAGUACCUUUCGGCUGAAGAGAUUGCCAAGAUCAAGAGCGACGUUGCGCAGGUUGACUGGUCCAAGUACUCGAAAGGUGUCCAAGAGACGGUCAAGAUGCAGCUCGCACGCCUCGACGACGAGCAGUGUCCCUUUACCGAGUUCAUCUUUGCACCCGGAUUUUUCGCAACCGCUUCUCCUCCUGCCGACGGACAGGAAUAUUACAGCAUUCUCUCGUGUCUUCAGCAGCCCUUCUCGCGCGGCAGCAUCCACAUUGCCAGCGCUGACGCCAAGCAACCACCCAAGAUCAACGCCAACUAUUUCAGCGUAGAUGCCGAUCUCGAAAUCCUCGCCAAGGCGGUCAAAUAUUGCGAGACCAUCACGUCCGCUUCGCCACUCAAGCAGAUCACCGUAGCCAGGCAGGAUCCCAACCCCGAGCAGUAUAGCUCGGACGCCGACUUUAGAGAGUUUACCAAGGAUCAAUCGGUGACAGAGUACCAUCCAAUCGGAAGCUGCUCCAUGAUGCCUCGCGACAAGGGCGGCGUGGUGGAUGCUAGGUUGAAGGUCUACGGCACGAGCAAUGUACGUGUCGCUGAUGCUUCGAUCAUCCCAAUCCACGUCUCGUCGCACAUUGUGGCUACGGUCUACGCCAUUGGCGAGAAGGCGGCGCACAUGAUCCGUCAAGAUGCAGCCAAGACGCAGAAGAGUUGA